AUGUCCACCCCGUCCACGGCGACUGCAACGCAUCCUUCCCACCCGCAGGCUUACGGAUACCCUCACCGUCCCCCUUACCAACCGACUGCUUCCUACGCAUCAUCUGCGACGACAGGUCCUCGCAUCGCAAACCCAUACCCAUACUCCGUCCCAUCUCCCACGACGGCAGCCAAUCUCCCUUACAGCCAGACUCCAAGACUGCCUCCAGCGGCGUCGACUCCCUCGGCCAUGACCCAUCAGAGUGGAUCGAGUGCGGCGCCCUCGGUGGGCAACCGCAAGAAGCAGCCUGACUGGACCGAAUUUUACAAGAACGGAAUUCCCAAGGAAGUCAUCGUGAUUGACGAUAGCCCCGGCCCAGAGACUGCCAAUGGUGCUCCCGCGCCUCCCGCGCAUGCGUCAACCCGACCUGCCCCUUCGGUUCCUCAACCGGCUGGAAAGAAGCGACGCACCGGGAUUGAAACCGCCUACGAUCUGGGUCACUAUGACCGACCGUCCUUCUCAAUCAACCCACAGCAAUAUGGCGAAACCUCAUCCACCUCAUUAUCUACCGACCGAACCGCCUCUCUGCACACAACAGCCCCGACAUCGCUCGGGUCACAAGGCAGUGCUGGGGCGAGCAAUGGGGCAUACUAUGACGAAGCUGGCAUCGGUCAAAAGCGGAAACGCGUGGCUACGCGGAAAUCGACCCGCGACGAGCAGAAACGACGAGAGUUGGAGAUUACGGGCGCAUUUGAAAAUUAUAUCCCACCUCCGAAUCCGCCGAUCAAAGCGAAGGAUGUUCCUGUACCAGUUGUUCGCGACUACACGAGCUCCCUCAACAAGAAAUUCGACGACGAUGACGGUCACUACAUCGUCACACCUGAUACGGCACUUACGGAUCGAUACUCUGUUGUCAAGUUACUGGGCCAGGGUACAUUUGGAAAGGUGGUCGAAGCAUAUGACAAGCAGCGCAAGUCUCGCUGUGCAGUGAAGAUUAUUCGAUCGAUUCAAAAGUACCGCGACGCUUCGCGCAUUGAACUGAGAGUAUUGUCAACUCUUGCAUCCAACGACAAGAGUAACCGCAACAAAUGCAUCCAUCUGAGGGAUUGCUUCGACUUCAGAAACCACAUCUGCAUUGUCACCGAUCUGUUGGGACAGAGUGUGUUUGAUUUCCUCAAAGGAAAUGGUUUCGUGCCAUUCCCCAGCAGUCAGAUUCAGCAAUUUGCUCGCCAACUAUUCACCAGCGUUGCCUUCCUCCACGACCUAAACCUCAUCCACACUGACCUCAAACCCGAAAACAUCCUCCUCGUUAGCAACGCCUAUCAGACCUUCACAUACAACCGCACCAUCCCCUCUUCUUCCCACGCCACCAACCGCAACGCUCGGCAACGCCGUGUGCUCCUCGACAGUGAAAUCCGACUUAUCGAUUUCGGAUCUGCCACCUUUGAUGAUGAAUACCACUCCUCUGUCGUCUCUACCCGCCACUACCGGGCACCUGAAAUCAUCCUGAAUCUCGGAUGGAGCUUCCCCUGCGACAUCUGGAGUAUUGGUUGUAUCCUGGUCGAAUUCUUCACUGGAGACGCUCUUUUCCAAACGCACGACAACCUGGAACACCUGGCCAUGAUGGAGUCUGUCAUUGGCUCCCGAAUCGACCCCUCCCUGGUCAAGAAAGUCAUGGCAGGCAGCCGAAGCGGCGGAAGCAACUCAGCCUCGAAGUCAGUUACCCUUGGAUCCUCCGUUACCCUUUCCCCCACUGACCAGACAAGAUAUUUCUGCCGAAGCAAAAUCGACUAUCCCAACAACGAUACCACCCGGGCUUCCCGCAAGUACGUGCGUGCGAUGAAAUCUUUGACCGUGAGCCCCGUCCCUCCCGUCCCUGGACUCCCUGCCCAACAGGCCGAACAGCCCGGACUGACCCUCCUUCAGGAAUUUAUCCCCACCAAUACCCCAUUCAGUCGUGCAUUCCUUGAUCUCCUCCAAAAGAUCUUUGUUUACGACCCCAAGAACCGAAUUACCGCCAAGGCGGCCCUGCAACACCCCUGGUUCAAGGAGUCACUCGUCGACGAUGGCACCGAGGCCUACCGGAUUGGCCAAGGACUCCAACGAAUUCUCGCAACGGACCUCCGACAUACUUACUCCAACGACCCCAACUUCCCCUCUCCAACGGACUAUAACACUGGACUCCCAUACUCCCAAUUCUACCAGAGAGGACAUGGUCUAUUUUGCACAAUGAACGGAAUGACAAUAUCCAAAUUCCACAGCCUUCUCGCCCAAGACCCCUCCCUAGCUGCAACCCUAAUAACCAACGCCCUCACCUCCAUCAACAACCACGACCAGAUCCUCAAAAGCAUCAUAACAACCAACCCAGCGGCAAUAUCCGAAGCAAAAGCACAAAAACAAAAACAAAACCUCCCCCUCCACAACAUCCCCAUAAUCCUAAAAGACAACUACACAACCCCAACCCACCCCACAACAGCGGGCGUCCUCGCCCUACACAUAUCCCACUCCCAAAGCACAGUCUACACCCGCCUCAAAGAAGCCGGCGCCAUAAUCCUCGCAAAAGCAAAUCUGCACGAAUUCGCACUCCAGGGAAUAACACUCUCCUCUGUUCGGGGUCAGACUUUAAAUCCAUACGAUCCCUCCAGAACACCUGGUGGUUCAUCAGGUGGUACGGCAGCAGCCAUUGCAGCUGGCUUUGCUAUUGCGGGCUGUGGAACAGAUACAGUUAAUUCGUUAAGAUCUCCUGCUUCUGCGUGUGGGAUUGUGGGGUUCCGCCCUUCGACUGGGAGGAUUCCUACGGAUGGUGUGGUGCCUGUUUCUUUUACGCAGGAUGUGCUGGGGCCUAUGGCUGGGUGUGUUGCUGAUGUGAGACUGGUUUAUGCUGUUAUGGCGGGGUUGCCUGUGCCUCCUGUGUGUGUGUCUAGGAAGUGGAGGGUUGGGGUUUUGGAAUCGUUUUUUGGACCAGAAGGUCUGGAUCAUGGGAGUAUUGCUGAGAAUAGGAUUGUGAGGGAUGUUAUUGGCAAAGCUCUUGAUUGCUUGCAUGAUGUUGUGGAAUUGGUUCCCAUUGCCCGGCCAGAGUGGUCUUUUGAGAUCUUGUCUGCGAAAGGAGAUACGCAGGCUUUUGAAUUCAAGUAUUGUCUUGAUAAAUUCCUUGGGGAGGUGGAGAGUUCGCAUUCAUCGCUGGAAUCAAUCGUCCGGUCUGGUGAGUACUCACGCGAAGCUGUGACUGAGGUAUUUGAGGCUGGGCUUGUUGAUCCAGAUACGUACUGUGUGACGAGUGAGGCGUAUCAGGAGAGAUUGGAGUUUAUUGCAGGGUUGAAGGGGGAUGUGGAUUGUUGUUUUGAGGAGUUUGGGGUUGAUGCGCUUGUUUAUCCGCAUCAACGACAGUUGCCUGUUAAAAUUGGGGUGAGGAAGCAGGGUGGGAGGAAUGGCAUUUUGGCUGCUUUGACGGGGAGGCCGGCUAUUUGUAUUCCUGCUGGGAUGAGUCCGAGGACUGAGACUGCUGUAAAGGGUGUUCCUAUAGGAUUGGAGUUUAUGGGCAAGAGGUGGGGAGAAAAGGAUCUGCUUGAUCUUGCUGAGUGUGUCGAGGGGAUUUUGCAGGUGCAUGAAACACCGGAUAUGAGGUUUUUCGAGAGUAAAUAG